AUGGCAACCCGUUCCCGGCCAACCUCUCGAACCUGCUCCCCAAUCGAUCAAGGGGAGUUGGGACCCCAACUUCCGGCAACCCCCUAUGUUGAAAUCGGGGAAGUCUCCCUCGAGCGAAUUACAAGCCUCCUCCUUGGCCUCCUCGGCCAAGUUGAGCACCUCGAGCGGAAAGUGGAAGAAGUCCGAGAAGCAGGGGUUGAGGCCCGUACCAACCUUGAGAACAUCUCUCAAGCCGUCAAUACUGUCAAGGAUGGGCUUAGAAGCCUCCAACUCCACGGGCCCCGGACCCCAGAGGACACAAACCCCCGGCCGUGGAAGCAACGCCACGCCCCUUAUCAAAAAGGGCUCCCUUCCUUCGCCCAACCCACUCCUGUCCGAGCAGUGCCCCCGCAAGUCCCAUCUCCCCUUCCAUCUCCGCGUCUCCGAUCCCCAAUCGGGACAGCUGCCCCUCCUCCUCCGGCUCCAGUCGCCACCUAUCCCGCUCCGGUCAAGGUUGACCACCCCGACGCCUACACAGGCAAAAUAGGGAGCAAAGCAAAGCAGUGGCUGACCCGGAUGUUGGCCUGGACCCGCCUCAAUUCGCGGAUGUUCCCCACCGACCAAGAGGUACUAUCCUUCCUCUUGAUGAACAUGAAGGACACCGCUGGGGCCUGGGCCCACCCUCACCUCGACCAACUUGGUUCACAUAGGGCCAUCAUUCAAACGGUUGAAGGAUUUAAAACGGAGUUCUUGGCAGCAUUUGGCGACCCUGACGCCACAAGGGCCGCUGAGCGGAAAAUUACAACGCUUACCCAAUCCGGCACAUGCGCGGAUUACAUCACGAAGUUCAGAACCUUAGCCAUGGAACUGGACUGGAACGACGCGGCCCUCCGAGGCCAGUUUGCCCGCGGCCUUCACUGGGAAGUCAGCCGCCAGAUUGCCACCCGCGAGCACCGACCCCGCACCCUCCUCGAGCUGCAAAAUGCAGCACUCGUCAUUGACAACGCUCUCCGCAAAGAGCGAGCUAGCCACCCGCCGAGGGAUAAUAAGUCUAGCAAAACACCCAACCCCGCAAGGGGGACGAGUACCGGCCAAACUACAACCGGUUUGAAGAAACUCUCUGACGACCCCAACUUUGUAUCAGAAGAGGAACGCAAUCGCCGCCGCGCCGCUGGCGCCUGUAUCAAAUGCGGCAAAAUGGGUCACAAGUUUGCGGAAUGCCGCACGGGUUGGAAGGCUACCCCUAUCAAGGACAAGGGGAAAGCCAAGGAAACCGCCAAAAUUGGCGAAGACUCCAAGUACCAAUUGGGAAAAGAAAUCUCCCCACUCUUCACAAUUUCAAUCAAGCCAGAGAAACAAGCGGACCCAUUAGAAGUCCUGAUAGAUUCAGGCGCUACAUCAUCGUUCCUGCACCCUCACACCGCGGAAAAACUCCGCUUACCCCUAAUAGACCUUCCCCAACCCCGUACCGUAACUAUGCUCGAUGGGUCGAGCCCCCAGGCUGGAAAGAUUUGGAAAAAGGCCCACCUAACCUUCCUGUUUGAUGGUAAACAAAUGACGGAAACCUUCCUGAUUUGCAAUACCGGAUCACACGCCGCCAUCCUAGGAAUCAAAUGGUUAGAAGCCCACAACCCUGAAAUCGAUUGGAACUCCCGUACCCUCUCCUUCCCUCACACGCCACCGGAACACGCAACUAUUGCCGAGGAGGAGGAAGCAGACAAGAACCCCCUUGAAGGAGUACCCUCCAAGUACCAUCAAUACGCUAAAGUAUUUGGAGAGGAAGAAUUCAAUAAGCUUCCACCUCACAGGCACUAUGACAUUGGGAUAGAACUUACCGAGGAAGGCCCACUAAACUCCCCCUUGUAUAGCAUGACUGAUGCCGAGUCCGCUACGUUGAAAGACUGGCUUAGGGACGAACUUAAGGCUGGGAAGAUCCGUCCCAGCAAAUCUUCAAUUAGUUCCCCUGUCAUGUUUGUUCCCAAAAAGGAUGGCUCCCGCCAAUUGGUUGUUGAUUACCGCCGUCUGAAUAACCGGACUAAAAAGAACGUGUACCCAUUACCCCGUCCCGAUGACCUAAUGGCCCAGCUCCGUGGUGCUAAGGUCUUCACCAAACUAGACUUACAAUGGGGUUACAAUAACGUCCGAGUUAAAGAAGGCGAUGAAUGGAAAACGGCUUUCUGCACCAAGUACGGCCUAUACGAAUCCCUGGUAAUGACUUUUGGUUUAACAAACGCCCCUGCCGCCUUUCAACACUUCAUGAACGAAUUGUUCAAAGACUUACUGGACGUAUGCGUCAUCAUAUACUUAGAUGACAUCCUAAUUUACUCAAAGGAUGACGCAUCCCACACUCAGCACGUUCAUGAGGUCCUACGGCGCUUACUAGAGAACCAACUGUUUUGCAAAGCUUCUAAAUGCUCGUUCCACGUCACCUCAGUGGAAUACCUAGGGAUAAUUGUGUCAGACAAGGGAUUCAGCCUGGACAAGCUCAAAAUUCAGGCAGUUCAGGAAUGGCCUACACCAACUAAAGUCAAGGAAGUACAAUCGUUCCUGGGUUUUGCAAACUUCCUACGCCGCUUUGUGGCCAACUUCAGUCACAUGGCCCGGCCGUUACACAACUUGGUUAAAAAGGACACGCCCUGGAAAUGGGACACGGAGGAGCAAGAAGCAUUCCAAGGCCUGAAAGAUGCUAUCACCAAUGCCCCGGUACUCUGCCACGCCGACCCCUCCAAACCUUACUUUCUGGAAACGGAUGCCUCCGGCGCAGCACUAGGUUCCAUACUAAGUCAACGCCAGGAAGAUGGUUGCCUAGACCCCCUAGGUUUUUUGUCAGAAUCAUUCAAAGGUGCCGAACAGAAUUACGACACCCACGACAAAGAACUGUUGGCAAUUAUCCGGUCCUUUGAGUACUGGCGCAUAUUCCUGGAAGGCACCGCGCAUCCCAUCACCGUUUUUACCGAUCACCGCAAUCUGGAGUACUGGAAAGAAUCCUGCACCUUCAACCGACGCCACGCACGAUGGCACUUACUCCUUGCAGGAUAUAAUUUCCAGAUCGUGUACAGACCAGGGAAACAGUCCGGGAAACCAGAUGCAUUGUCACGACGAGCGGAUCACGCCGAUAUUCCUCCCAAACCUCAAUCCAUGCUCCCAGAACCAGUCUUUGCCAACCUUGCCCUGAUAACGCCGGAAAAGGAACUACAACGCCAAAUUGAGCAGUCUCUAGACCAAGACAAGUCUCUGGAAGAAAUCCUUCAAUUCCUCCAGAACGAAUCAAGAGCACCUCCUUCCAUCAAACGCGCAUUCAAAGAUUAUGAAAUGGAAGCCGGGUUAUUGUUCUAUCAAGGUCGCAUUGUGGUCCCAGAUGUGGGCACCCUGAGAACGGAUCUACUGCGGAUAUUCCAUGAUAGCCCCUUGGCCGGACACCCUGGUAGACAGCGAACCUUGGAGCUGGUGUCACGUAACUACUACUGGCCAGGAAUACGCGCAGAUACGUAUUGGCACGUGGAUUCCUGCGAGACAUGCCAACGAAUCAGGAAACCCAAAUACGCGUCAAUUCCCCCACAGCCGCUCGAGCUCCCAUCCAGACCAUGGCAACACGUCUCCUAUGACAUGAUCGUAGACCUACCAAAGGAUGGAAACCACGACUCCAUCUUGGUCAUAGUAGACAGCUUCACCAAGUACGGGAUCUUUGUCAAAUGUUCUAAGAAGCUGAAGGCACCUGAGCUAGCAGAGCUCUUCCUAGAACACGUGUGGAAACGCCACGGCAUGCCCGAAAAAACGAUCUCUGAUAGGGGAAGGGUGUUCAAUAACAAGUUCCUGAGGGCACUAUACAAGCGCCUAGGGAUAGAUCCCCAUUUUUCAUCGGCAUAUCAUCCACAGAGCGACGGUCAAACUGAGCGGGUCAAUCCUUCAAUUGAACACUUCCUCAGGGCUUACUCAGGGAUCAAUCAACGGGACUGGACUAAGUGGCUCCCAAUGGCGGAGUUUGCGUAUAACAACGCCGUCCAUAGCAGCACGGGCAGAACCCCCUUUAAAGCUCUGUAUGGAUGGGAGCCUACCUUAACCCCGUCCAAUGUACCAACGGACGUCCCAGAAGCAGACAGUCUAGCCCAAACAAUGGAGGCCCAAUGGAAAGAGGUAGACCGGGAAGAUGGUAACCCAACGGAGUUUGAGAUCGGAGAAGAAGCAUGGCUCGAUGCUAAAAACGUUAAUCUCAAAACCCUAAGCCCCAAGCUCACAGAACAACGCUUAGGACCGUUCAAAGUCAUUGAGAAGAUCUCCGACCGCGCGUACCGCCUUGAACUCCCUCCUACCAUGAGGAUCCACAACGUCUUUUAUGUAGGACUCCUGUCUAAAGUCAAAAGGGACAAAAAACGGGCAUUUGAGAACCGCCCGCCGCCAGUCACCAUAGACGGAGAAGAGGAAUACGAGGUCGAGGGAAUCACCGAUGCCAAAGAAAGGGAUGGGAAAUGGUUCUUCCGAGUCAAAUGGAAGGGAUACGGGUCCGAGGAAAACACAUGGGAACCUUGGGAAAACUUGAGAAACGCGGAAAAAAUUUUGGAAAAAUACGAAAAAGACAUGAAAAAGAAGGCCCUCGGCGCUGCCAAGGCCCUUAGAGGGGGGGCAGUGUCGUAG